AUGCUAGCUACGGCGCUAGCCAAGGCAAAUACCGCGGUCCAGCUCGACAAUACCCAAUCACACGAUUUCGCCCGGAAGUACUACCUCGAAGCAUGCGUCCUCCUGCUACAGCUGAUCCACAGAACCACGAACGAGGCCGACAAGGCAAAAUUGAGGAGUAUUCGUUACACCUACCUCAGACGAGUAGAGGAGCUGGGAGGCUCGAUAGCCGAGGAGUCGUAA